AUAUAGGCAGUAUUGUAUAUAGUUUAUAAAGUUAUGAAAAUAAUUGUUUCAUAUAGUGUCAUAUAGACAUAUGUUAUGCUUAAUAUAAACAAUGUUAGCACAUGUACCACUGCUGCAACCCUGGUAACUCAAUCAGCUGCAUCGUCAGCAAACGCCGCGUUCGUAAAUUGUUAAUUAAUUUAUUUAAACUAUGGGCAAGAGUAAGAAGAAAAUACGUGAGCAAAACGCUAUAAGAGAAGCCGUUCAAGCAAAUACACAGCGACUGGAGACAUGCAACGAUGCCUAUACGAGCGGUGCAUUUCAUUACUUGCGUUUUCUGGUUCACUUGCUGGCCGCUGCACAAUUCUGCUACGGAAUUUACUAUUAUCUAUUUAAAUUGGAUUGGCCGGAGGGUUUACAUGAAGAGGAAGAGUUAAAAACCCGCUGGGGUGGCAAAUUCAAGUAUCUGACCUUUCUCGAUGUCAUUGUGCAGGCCUUUUACCACAUCAUAGCGUUGUUAAAUGAUUUAUUCGGCAAUAAUGUAGUGACCGUGGCUCCUAAGUCUCUGUUACGGCAGCUACGUGAUUAUGUAUUCGCUACGUUUGCAUUUCCCAUUGCCCACAAUGUGUGCAUCUCCUUUUGGGUAAUUUAUUUGUAUGAUCGUGAGCUCAUCUUUCCCGCCGCCCUGGACGAAAUAUUUCCCAGCUGGCUGAAUCAUGUGGUUCACACAAAUGUUGCGCUUCUGGCUAUCAUGGAUAUGUUCACCUGCUUCCGGCAUUAUCCUAGUCGAUUGGCCGGUGUCACCGGCAACGUAGCCUUUAUGAUUCUCUACGUAAUUUGGGUGAAUAUUGUGCGCUAUUUUAGCGGCCAAUGGGUUUACCCCUUACUCGAAAUCCUGCCCAUACCUCUGCGUGCUGUGAUGUUUGCUGGCUUGGUGGGUUUGAGUGUGAUCUGCUACUUUCUGGGCGAAUUCAUUAACAAUAUUGUUUGGGCGCCAGAAUUUAAGCUGUUACAGCGAAAGCAGGUCAAAGAAAACUAAAGGGAAUAGUGCUUACUUUC